CCCGCCGUGCCGCCUUCAGUUCAGCUCCGGCCGCCGCGCCGCCUGGCUCUGGUAUUCCUUGUUCUCGGCGGGCUCUGGGGGCCCCGCUCCGCGGCCGUUAGUCAUGUCGGAUUCUGGAAGUUACGGUCAGUCCGGGGGUGAGCAGCAAAGUUAUUCUUCCUAUGGAAAUCAAGGCAACCAAGGUUAUGGACAAGCACCACAAAACUAUUCUGGUUAUGGGCAAGCGGCAGAUUCCUCAUAUGGACAGAACUAUGGUGGCUACUCCAGUUAUGGACAGAGCCAAUCAGGUUAUUCACAGUCUUACAGUGGCUACGAGAAUCAGAAGCAGAGUUCAUACGGCCAGCAAUCUUACAAUAACCAAGGACAGCAAAACACGGAACCAUCAAGCCAAGGUGGAAGAGCGCCUUCAUAUGACCAGUCAAACUAUGGUCAACAAGAUUCAUAUGACCAGCAGUCAGGUUAUGAUCAGCAUCAAGGCUCAUAUGACGAGCAUUCAAAUUAUGAUCAGCAGCAUGAUUCCUAUAAUCAAAACCAGCAGUCCUACCAUUCACAAAGGGAAAAUUAUAGCCACCACACACAAGAUGACCGUCGUGACAUGAGUAGGUAUGGAGAAGAUAAUAGAGGAUAUGGCGGGUCACAGGGAGGAGGUAGAGGGCGUGGGGGAUAUGACAAGGAUGGAAGAGGUCCUAUGAUGGGAUCAAGUGGUGGUGACCGCGGUGGCUUCAAAAAUUUUGGUGGUCACAGGGAUUAUGGACCCAGACCAGAUGCUGAUUCAGAAUCUGAUAAUUCAGAUAACAACACAAUUUUUGUGCAAGGACUUGGGGAGGGUGUAUCUACAGAUCAAGUAGGGGAGUUCUUUAAACAAAUAGGAAUUAUCAAGACAAAUAAGAAGACCGGAAAACCAAUGAUAAAUCUAUACACAGACAAGGAUACAGGGAAACCUAAAGGGGAGGCAACAGUGUCAUUUGAUGACCCUCCUUCAGCUAAGGCAGCCAUUGACUGGUUUGAUGGAAAAGAAUUCCAUGGCAACAUCAUUAAAGUGUCCUUUGCUACCAGAAGACCUGAAUUCAUGAGAGGAGGUGGAAGUGGAGGAGGGCGGCGAGGCCGUGGAGGAUAUAGAGGCCGAGGAGGCUUUCAGGGGAGAGGUGGAGACCCCAAAAGUGGGGACUGGGUUUGCCCUAAUCCGUCAUGUGGAAAUAUGAACUUUGCUCGAAGGAAUUCUUGCAAUCAGUGCAAUGAGCCCAGACCAGAGGAUUCUCGUCCCUCAGGUGGAGAUUUCCGGGGAAGAGGCUACGGUGGAGAGAGGGGCUACAGAGGUCGUGGGGGUAGAGGCGGAGACCGAGGCGGCUACGGUGGAGACAGAAGUGGGGGUGGCUAUGGUGGAGACAGAAGCGGGGGUGGUGGCUAUGGAGGAGAUAGAAGUGGGGGUGGCUAUGGUGGAGACAGAAGUGGGGGUGGCUAUGGUGGGGACAGAGGAGGUGGUUAUGGUGGGAACCGAGGCGGCGGCUAUGGAGGUGACCGUGGAGGUGGCUAUGGAGAUCGAGGAGGUGGUUAUGGAGGAGACCGGAGUGGUGGCUAUGGUGGAGACCGAGGUGGCUAUGGUGGCGACCGAGGAGGCUACAGCGGAGACCGAGGUGGCUACGGUGGAGACCGAGGUGGUUAUGGUGGAGACCGAGGUGGCUAUGGUGGAGACCGAGGCGGCUACGGUGGAGACCGCGGCAGCUAUGGAGGAGACCGCGGUGGCUACGGAGGAGACCGCGGUGGCUAUGGAGAACGAGGAGGCUACGGAGGAGACAGAAGUGGGGGGGGCUAUGGAGGCGACCGUGGUGGUGGCAGUGGCUACGGUGGAGACCGGAGUGGAGGCUACGGGGGAGAUAGGAGUGGUGGUGGCUAUGGAGGAGACCGAGGCGGGGGAUAUGGAGGAGACCGAGGCGGCUAUGGAGGCAAAAUGGGAGGAAGAAACGACUACAGAAAUGAUCAGCGCAACCGACCAUACUGAUGACUGUUUUGAAUGUUCCUUUGUCUCUGACAUGAUCCAUAGUGAAAUUGCCAGAGUUUUGCCUGCUGCUUUCCUCGUGGCCUCUUCUUGGGUAGUGAAAUUAAGUGACAUUUGGAUUUUUAUUUGGGUGGGAGGGCUGGGACAGUUUUUCUUUUAGAAAUGUCCACUGAUAUUUCCCCCUUAGUUUCCAACCUUUUCCCUACCCUUGAAGCUAAGUGCAUUGUAAAAUAUUGCCAAAAUGGAAAGUGUUUUGUAAUACUGCAAUAAAGGCUGCUUGUUUUGUGGA